UUUUUUUUUUUUUUAGGGCAAAUCAUUUCAGCCUCCCCAAUCGCCUCCAUCUCGAUUCUCGUUCUCACUGAACUUGCCCCCCUCUCUCUGCAACUGCAAACUGCAAAAUCUACAAGAAUCACAAGUUCAAAACCCAUCUAUUUCAGUUUAUCUAUCUGUCUGCGUCUGCAAGAAUCAAAAGUUCAAAACCUAUUACCUAUUAUCAAAGCCCAUAUCUUUCAGAUUGUUCAAAAAAUCAAAACCCAAAUCUUUCAGUUUCCACUCUCCGUUCGCAAGCUUCAGCCGCUGUCUCUCAACUCUCAAGCUUGCCCCCCUCUCUUUCUCUCUGCAACUGCUAACUUGCAUUCUUUUUCCCGCUUGGACAUUAACACAAACACAUAGGCCGCAGUUUUUAGAGAGAAAAGGAAGAGACAGAGAAGCAUGAAGUACGUGUUGGUUACGGGAGGGGUGGUGAGUGGACUCGGCAAGGGAGUCACUGCCAGCAGUAUCGGCGUCGUCCUCAAAGCCUGUGGCCUUCGUGUCACUUCCAUCAAAAUAGAUCCUUACCUGAACACAGAUGCUGGUACCAUGUCACCAUUUGAGCACGGGGAGGUUUUUGUUCUUGAUGACGGAGGAGAGGUUGAUUUAGAUCUUGGCAAUUAUGAGCGAUUCUUGGACGUGACACUUACUAGAGACAACAACAUUACCACAGGAAAGAUUUAUCAGUCUGUCAUUGACAAGGAGAGGAGAGGUGAUUAUCUUGGAAAGACUGUUCAGGUUGUUCCCCACAUCACAGAUGCGAUUAGGAAUUGGAUUGAAUCUGUUUCUGUCAUUCCUGUGGAUGGGAAAGAGGGCCCUGCAGAUGUUUGUGUGAUAGAAUUGGGAGGGACAGUAGGUGAUAUUGAAUCGAUGCCAUUCAUUGAAGCGUUGCGACAAUUAUCCUUCUUAGUUGGACAAAAUAACUUCUGCCUUAUUCAUGUGAGCCUUAUCCCUGUACUAAGUGCAGUGGGAGAGCAGAAAACCAAACCUACUCAACAUAGUGUGCGGGAACUGAGGGCAUUAGGCUUGACUCCUCACCUCUUAGCAUGUCGCUCUGCGCAGCCUUUAUUAGAAACUACAAAGCGGAAACUCUCACAGUUUUGCCAUGUUCUAGCUGGCAACAUCCUUAAUAUCCAUGAUGUUCCUAACAUUUGGCACGUUCCUCUUUUACUUCGGAAUCAAAAUGCUCAUAAUGCCAUUCUACAACAGUUGGAUUUACUUGGUGUUGCUACACCUCCUGAAUUGCAAGAGUGGACCAAGAGAGCAGAAACUUUUGACAACCUUACCUGUUCUGUGAGGAUUGCAAUGGUUGGGAAGUAUGUUGGCCUUACAGAUUCUUAUUUGUCUGUUGUGAAGGCUCUUCUGCAUGCCUGCGUUGCGUGCUCAUUGAAGCCAUCAGUUGACUGGAUUGCUGCUUCGGACCUUGAAGAUGAUAGUGCAAAAUUGACUCCAGAAGCUCACGCUGCUGCAUGGGAAACGUUAAGGAAUGCAGCAUGCGUUUUGGUUCCUGGUGGAUUUGGAGACCGUGGUGUGAGAGGAAUGAUAUUGGCUGCAAAAUAUGCAAGAGAGAAUAAAGUUCCUUAUCUCGGGAUUUGCCUGGGCAUGCAGAUUUCUGUGAUUGAGUUCGCUAGAACUGUUUUGGGUGUGGAAAGGGCAAACAGUUCAGAGUUUGAUGAGCAGACACCAAAUCCCGUUGUAAUUUUCAUGCCAGAGGGUUCGAGAACACACAUGGGAAACACGAUGAGACUUGGUUGUCGAAGAACACUGUUCCAGACUCCAGAUUGUAUCACUGCAAAGCUGUACCAUAAUCCAGAGUAUGUGGAAGAACGACACCGUCAUAGAUAUGAGGUGAACCCAGAGGUGAUUGGCAUUUUAGAAGAAGCUGGCUUAAAAUUUGUUGGGAAGGAUGAAAGUGGAAAACGUAUGGAGAUCUUAGAACUUCCAUGCCAUCCAUUCUACGUGGGAGUGCAGUUUCAUCCAGAAUUCAAGUCACGGCCUGGGAGGCCUUCAGCUUUGUUUUUAGGUCUUAUCUUGGCAGCAACAGGGCAGUUAGAAGCAUAUCUUAGUAAGCAGCAAAACGGAAGUAUAUGAGCAACUUUGUUGGUCUCAGUAGUCCCAAAAUUUUCAUACAAGGCAGCUCAAUAUUGAUUUUGCAGCAUGUUGUAUACACAAGUAUACAGCACUACUUGAAAGAGUUGAAGCGGUAAGAGUUUUUAAGAUUUUAUUCAAAACAUCAAUGACAGUGAGAUGAAAUUGAGAGGGUUCUUUUUUAUUCCUAUAUUUAUUAUAUCAAGUAGGUUAAGAGUAUCAUAGGUGUAACUAACCCAUGGUAUAAUCAACUUUGACCUCAUUGGCAGUCAAAUGAGUCUACACACUCCAACCAUCAAGCUGAACAAUUUCCAUCUUCGAUGAUUCGGAAAAUUUUGGUGAAAAAAAAGUGCCAAAUAUGAUACCUUGAUGAGUACUUGAAUUGAUUCUGUUAUGGUCCUGUAAAUUCUUGUUGAUAAAUUUGGAAAAUGAUAUUAAGUUGCCCA